UGCUGCAAAUGAGUGGGCCCCGCGUGCAGUCGCCGCCGGGCUGUGCGAAGCCCGAGGUUGCCGCGCGGACACUGCCAACAGGGGCCGGCAGCCGGGCCGGGCGCCGCGGAGAGCAUGAGGCUGUGCUGGCUGCCCGUCCUGCUCCUCGCCGCGGGGAUGCCUGCAGUGGAAGGCAAUUGUGAGAGAAACGAGUUCCAGUGCCAAGAUGGGAAAUGCAUCGCCUACAAGUGGGUUUGUGAUGGGAGAGCUGAGUGCCAGGACCAGUCUGAUGAAUCCCAGGAGACGUGUAAGGCUGUCACCUGUAAGGUGGAGGACUUCAGCUGUGGGGGUCGCAUCAACCGUUGUAUUCCUGAGUUCUGGAGAUGUGACGGCCAGAUAGACUGCGAGAAUGGCUCGGACGAGCAAGGCUGUUCCCCCAAGACCUGUUCCCCAGACGAGUUCCGCUGCCGUGACGGCAAGUGCAUCGCCCCAGAGUUCGUCUGCGACGCGGACCGAGACUGCCUGGACGGCUCGGACGAGGAAUCCUGCCCGCCGCCCACCUGCGGCCCCGCCAGCUUCCCGUGCAACAGCUCCUCCUGCAUCCCCGAGCUGUGGGUCUGCGACGGCGACGCCGACUGCGAUGACGGCUCCGACGAGUGGCCGCAGAACUGCGGGGGCCGCAACACGUCGGCCGGGCGCGGGGACGAGCCCUGCUUGGCCAGCGAGUUCCACUGCAGCCGCAGCGGCGAGUGCAUCCACCGGAGCUGGCGCUGCGACCGCAGCGCUGACUGCAAGGACAAGUCCGACGAGGAGAACUGCGCUGUGGCCACAUGCCGGCCUGACGAGUUCCAGUGCUUUGACGGGACCUGCAUCCAUGGCAGCCAGCAGUGUGACAGGGAGCGUGACUGUAAGGACAUGAGUGAUGAGCUUGGCUGCAUCAAUGUGACUCUGUGCGAGGGCCCCAACAAGUUCAAGUGCCACAGUGGCGAAUGCAUCACCAUGGACAAAGUGUGCAACUCGGUCCGGGACUGCCGGGACUGGUCAGAUGAGCCCCUCAAGGAGUGUGAGACCAACGAGUGCCUGGCCAACAAGGGUGGCUGCUCCCACCUCUGCAAAGACCUCAAGAUCGGCUACGAGUGCUUGUGUCCUGAGGGCUUCCGGCUGGCGGACCAGCGAAGAUGCGAAGAUAUCGACGAGUGUGAGGACCCUGACGCCUGCAGCCAGCUCUGUGUGAACUCCGUGGGCAGCUACCAGUGCAAGUGUGAAGAGGGCUUCCGGCUGGACCCUUUCACCAAGGCCUGCAAGGCUGUGGACACCAUCGCCUACCUCUUCUUCACCAACCGCCACGAGGUGAGGAAGAUGACGCUGGACCGCAGCGAAUACACCAGCCUCAUCCCCAACCUGAAGAACGCGGUCGCCCUGGACGUGGAAGUGCACGCCAGCAGAGUCUACUGGUCCGACUUGUCCCAAAGGAAGAUCUACAGCACCCAGAUCCACAGAGAGUCCAACUCCUCCUACGACACCAUCAUCGACAAGGGCCUGCAGGCCCCCGACGGGCUGGCCGUGGACUGGAUCCACGGCAACCUCUACUGGACGGACUCCAUGCUGGGCACCGUCUCUGUGGCCGACACCAAGGGCGUGAAGAGAAAGACCCUCUUCAAGGAGAAAGGCUCCAAGCCGAGGGCCAUUGUGGUGGAUCCCCGUCACGGCUUCAUGUACUGGACGGAUUGGGGGACCCCUGCCAAGAUCAAGAAGGGGGGCCUGAAUGGCGUGGACAUUCACUCCCUGGUGACAGAGGACAUCCAGUGGCCCAAUGGCAUCACCCUGGAUCUUUCCAGCGACCGCCUCUACUGGGUCGACUCCAAGCUCCACUCCAUCUCCAGCAUCGACCUCACUGGGGGGCACCGGAAGACAAUUUUGGAGGACAAGAAGAGGCUGGCGCACCCCUUCUCCUUGGCCAUCUUUGAGGAUAAAGUAUUUUGGACGGAUAUCAUCAACGAAGCCAUUUACAGUGCCAACCGCCAUACGGGGUCCGACAUUAGUCUGAUGGCAGAAAACCUGUUGUCCCCGGAGGACAUUGUCCUUUCCCACCGCCUCACACAGCCAAAAGGGAUAAACUGGUGUGAGACAACUUUCUACUCCUACGGCGGCUGCCAGUACCUGUGUCUGCCGGCCCCACAGAUCAAUUCCUACUCACCCAAGUUCACCUGUGCCUGCCCUGAUGGCAUGUUGCUGGCCGAGGACAGGAGGAGGUGCCGCCCAGAACCUGUAGUGACCACCCGGGGACCCAACAUGACUCGCUCCACUGUGACCACUCCUGAGCUCACCACCGCCAAGAUGGUGACGAAGGCCCCCCCGCAAGCCUCGGAGGACAUUCCUAUCAAAGAGGACAGGAAGGAGAGGCCCCGGGGCGUGGGCUGGCUCUACAUUGUCCUCCCCAUCGUGCUGCUCACCCUCCUGUGUUCCGGGGCCUUCCUCCUCUGGAAGAACUGGCGGCUGAAGAGCAUCAACAGCAUCAACUUCGACAACCCCGUGUACCAGAAGACCACGGAGGACGAGGUGCACAUCUGCCACAGCCAGGACGGCUACGCCUACCCCUCGAGACAGAUGGUCAGGACGGAGGAUGACAUGGCGUAAGCCGCCUCCAGUCCUGCCUCUCCCAGAACCUGCUGCUGGUCAAGGGCAGGAAGAACACUUUCUCCCCAAACCCUUGACCUUUCCAAACCCUUCUUCAGACCUCCGACACCCGCCCGUUCCGUUCAGAGAAAGCAGCAGCCAAAAGCCCUGCUGGCAGCUGACCUCGACGCUGGCAGCCACGGGCCUGUCUGCCAGAGCUUUGUUUUAUAUAUUUAUUCGUCUGGGAGGCAGGCGACAGAGCACACGGAAUGGGUUUGGGUUGAAAUAUUUUUCUUGACCUUUUCUCCUCAAUUGGCUCCUCACCUGAGGAACGAAUGGACGGAGGGACACCAAGCAAGAGAAAGCAAGUGGCUUUGAAUCGAGAGCAGGUGAUGCCCACAGGGUCCCAGGCAGCUGCCGAGCCUCGAACCUCAGGAGUAAAUGUGUUUACCUCUGCCGCGCAAGCCUUUGUGC